AUGACCAUGCCCUUCCCUUCUUCUCCUUCACUUCUCCCAGCAUCUCACACCCAUAUCCUCUAUCUCAUUCUUGCUCUGUGGCUCAGUCCCGUCGUCGCAGGUAUGGAAAGCACGUUCAGACACCACAUAUGGCGCCAUGGCAUCCACUCACGACCUCAGAAAAGGACGCUUCCUCUUCCCGUCGACAUUGUGGAUCUCCUUCUAGACACCUUACAUCACGAUGGAAAGGUGCUUACAUUGUGCAGCCUUGUCAGUAGGGUGUGGCUCUUGCGCACCCGCCCUCGAAUGUUUUCACAAGGGGUUGUAAUCAAUCGCACCAAGAUGGCCAGGCUUUUGAUACUCUUGAAAUCACCUUAUUGCACACUUCGUCCGCAUCUUCAAAAAAUGACAAUUGAUCCUAUGAGGGACAACGAACUUUGGCUUGAUUCCUUUUUCACCCUUAUAGCAGCGAAGGGAAUCUCUCUCCGCCAUCUCACAGUCCCAAAUCUCCCUGCGCUGAGGACAGAUAGUUCCUGCCUUUCAAUGCCUUGUAUCGUCCCCCUAAUCUCCUUGCAUAUAACUGUCAGCCCCGAUCAUGGAGUUUUGGAGACGAUGGAUUUUAUCUAUCUCUUCUCGAACUCUCUCGAGAACCUUGCGAUUCGCGGCCAUUCUGCGACCGUUCCCCGGCCAAUAUUCAUGGGAAUUGCGGGGAGGCACCAGACCUUCCCUCGCCUCCAAAAUUUGGAUAUCGAUGGCGUGCAGUCUUUAUUGCAGUACAUUGACUGGUUCAGUCAAUUCGUGGUAUUGAGCUCGCUGUCCAGCUUAUAUCUAGGUCUUGACUACUGCGGAAGUCCCCUCUACGAUAAAAACGAAAUAAGCCGACGCAUUAACAUUUUUCUUAACCGCGCAUGCCCUAAUGUCGAGAGCUUAUUCCUCGACUAUGGUUGGGCUUCACCUGUAUCUGAAGGUGUUAAUCUAUCCGAACUGUAUAGGUUGCGCGCACUCAAAAUUAACUGGACAGGUGGAAGUCCAGGGGACGUCUUCCGAGCUAUUGACAUUAUUCGCACAGCUCGCGCGUCGUCCUUGGCGACAGUUCAUGUAUCGAAUUUUGACUUUGGGCGCCCUCGGAAAAUGGUUGAAAAAUCUACAUCAGCCUGGUCUAGCCUCGAUGAUCUACUUUCCACUAGAAGGCCUCCCACAUUUCCACUCCUCCGGAAUGUGAAGGUUUCCCCCUCGCGAUUACUUGUUUAUUUUCCUCAAUCUAGGCAACACGGAUUGUUAUGUGAUACUGGCGCAACGGAUUCACCGGUUCGUAAAUUUAUCUGGGACAACUACAUCCGAUUGGAGUACUAA